AUGCAGUCCACGUUGCUGAGAAGAGCCCAAUUCGGCACCCAGAGUGAUGGGUUCGGCGGGGUGCACCCCUGGCAACAGCGCCCGGACUACAGCGUGUUCAGGAGCAAAUAUGGCCCUCAGUACAAGAUCACGCCUCACGUCCACGGCCUGAACUCGCGGAGGCUGGUCCGAUAUGGAAUCAUGUCGAGCCUGUUUGGCGUCUCCGCCGGCGUCUUUGCCCUCUUCUUCUUCAACGGCAUCCCCCGAGUCCGACAAGACAUCUUGGAGCAGAUGCCGUUCAUUGGCGACUACUUCCACCACGAGAUCCCGCCGGAGGAUGACCCGUUCUAG